CUCUCGUCGCAGAAUCCGCGACGUUUACAAAUUUUUUCGCCAAUCACAGCGGCGACCGUUAAAUUAUUGUUUGAUGUCGAGCGCGUUGCAAACGCAAUCUAAAGCGACCCGUCGCAAUUCGCGACGUUGAUUUAUACAUUUUACUAUCUAGUUCGGUUCGCCGGGAACCACCAAAUUUACGUGUCGCGGUUACGAACAGCUUCCAGAUCGUCGAGUGUUAGUGUGUAACCAUAGAUCGAAUAAUAAUGUUACGGAAGAGGGGAACUGGAAGAAAAAGGGGAAGGCCACCAAAGAAAAAACCAAUCACUGAAGAUGAACCAUGCAUAUCAGCCUCGACGAAUGAGAGUGAGACGAUUGAGUCGAAUGUGACGAUUGAGUCGAAUGUGACGAUUGAACUUCUUGAUGAUGUUCCUAAUGAACCAACACCUUCUACAUCAACAAAUGUGUUAACAAAUGGUUUAAAGCGACCUUUGCCAGAUGCAGUAGAAGGUGAUAAAAAAAAAAAAUUUAGACUUACAGAAAUUAAUGAAGAUGAACUGGAAGUUACUAACAAAGAUGAUAGUGGAAAAAAUCAUAUUGAACUAUUGAUACAAAAAGUUUCUGAUUCUCUAGAAAAUCCAAUAAGUGAUGAUGAAUCUAAUGUUUCCAAUAAGACUAAUCAUAAUCUUAACAAUGAAACAACUUCAUCCUUUAAUAAGAUAAACCAUAAUGGUAACAAUGGAAUUGAUAAUAAAGAUUGUAAGGAGGACUAUCCGGAUAGAAAUACUUUAAGUAAAGAUAUCAGUAAGGAUAGAAAAAAAUAUCCAAGUGAUAUAUUACUUAAUAUUUUAAAUAAUGUUAAGAAUAAUUUUAAUGAUAGUUGUGAAUUUAUUGGAAACAGUAAGGAUACUAUAAAAAAUGGUAAAAAUGUAUUAACUAAGAACGAUAUACUUACUAGCAAUGGUAUUUCAUGUUUAAAUAAAUUAUCAUCAUCAGACAAUUUAGCUAUCACUGAAAAUUCAGAUCACGAAAAUGUUGCUGUUGUUAAUGAUAUUCAGGUAACAGAAAAUAUAUCUACAGCAGUUAAUGAUUCAACUGUAAGAGAGAGUAAUUCAAACCUUUCAAAUAUCAAGAUAUAUACAACUGAAAACAUUGUAAAUAGUAAAAAAAAUGAUGCAGAACCUUUGCUAGAAUUUAAAAAUAAAAUACAACAUUUGACAAAAAAUACUGAUGAAACUAAAUCUAUAGAGAGUCCAUGUAAUAGUAAUACAAAUAAUAGUAAAAAGGUCGAUGUUUGUUCCAAUGGUAUUGAUCAAGAUUUUGAAGUUAUAGAUUCUGACAAUAGUUCUGACUAUUCAUCAUAUGAUUUAACUGAUUUGCCUGAAGAUAUCAGUAGUAUUAUAAGUGGAGUAAAGCAGAUAACCAAAGAGAGUUUUCCACAGUUAUUAAAAUUGUUUAGUAGUAAAGAAUUGACUUAUGACCAAUUUGACAGCAUGUGUACACAGAAAAUUAUUGAAAUGAUGACACAAAGGUUACACUUGGGUAAAGACCGUUCAGAACUUCAUUUGUUGAAGGAAAGAGAAAAAAUCUGGCGGUCAAAAUAUUCUUCACUAGAUAGACAAUAUAAAGAAAUGAAAACUAUUGUAAAUGUGCAUAAACAAGAGUUAAAAAGCAAUGAAUAUGCUAGACCACAUCUAGUUACAAGGACUGUUGGUUUGCAAGCAGUAUUAUGUCCAAGAAAGGAAUUUAGUAUGAAGUUACCAAAACAAGCGAUUCCUUUGCCAAAACCUGUUCCAGUAAGUAUUAUUGUUGAAGAUGAGGAUGAUGUUGUUGAAUUAGAAUUUGAAACAGUAGAAUCUGCUAGUUCAUCAACUUCAAAAAUUACAAAUACAACUACAAAAAAGCUAAUGCCUCCCUUAGUUGCUACAUCAAAAACGCUAGCAGUAUCUCCAAAAAAUGUCACUGCAUCUCCAACAAAUGUUACUGCUUCUCCCAAAAAAGUUACUGCAUCUCCAAAAAAAGUUACUGCAUCUCCAAAGACUGUUACUGCUACAAAGUCUUUGAAUCAUAUCAACAUUGGCAUUACUCCUACUACUAUAGAUCUAACAGGAAAUGAUGAUGUAAUUGAAGAAUCAAAUAUAAUCAAUUUGGAGGAUUCAAUUUCACCUAUCAAAAUUCCUCGCCGAAUUUCACCGUCGCUUUUACCAGCAGGGACAUUGAUGAGCGGCAAUUCGGGGAAAACUAUUACUUAUUUAGAGUUAUCUAAGAAUCCAUCAUCAUCUUCCUCAAGUUUUAUAACAGGAACAGCUUCACGCUCUCCUCAACGAACAAUUGUUUAUAAAGAUACCAUAAAUACAAGUCCAAAAUCCAAAAAUCUUAAACCAAUUUUAAUCGAAGUGUCACGUGUUGAUCCUGUACUAGUUCAGCCUUGUACCGUUACUUAUACUGGACAUUGUGUUCCAGUAUCUGGAACAUUACAACCAAUGUCAACAGCCUCUUAUACACCACGCAAAAUAACAGUGUCUCAACUUUCUGCAUCAUUAAAAACACUAACUCCAAGUUAUACAACAUGCCAAAUACCAGCAUCUCGUAUAUCUGCAUCAAUGCCUGGUAUUGCCUUACCAAUAUCAUUACAUACAAUACAUCAUACAGGAUCUCAAUCGACAAGAAAACCACCACCUCCUGCGAUACCACUUUUAGAACAUCCUUCUCCAGUACCCGGAAUUCCAAAUCAAAAGAAUCUUCCUACAUGGAAAAGAUUACCUCCCGCACCUAAUUUGACCAUUUCCAAAUCAGCAGUAGUGCAAAAUACUCCCCAAGCAUUAGUGCUCUCCUGGACUAUGGAUGUUGAUAAAACAAUUGCAGAAGUAAUAAGUUAUCAGAUAUUUGCUUAUCAAGAGACCCCUGAUCAACCACCUAACAUUGACCUAUGGAAGAAAAUUGGUAAUGUAAAUGCUCUUCCUCUACCAAUGGCUUGCUCACUUACUCAUUUUUCAAAUGGUCAAAAAUAUCAUUUUUUAGUAAGAGCUGUUGAUGUUUACACUCGUGUUGGGCCAUUUAGUUCACCGAAAAGUAUAUUAUGAAUGAUUUUAAAUGUUUGACAUUAAGAAGUUAAUCUCCUACCAUAAUGUUUCUUACAUCAUGAGGUUAUUAGGUAUUUGGCUUAUUUCCGUGCUAAAUAACUUAAUAAUUAUUUAAGCUUUAAAAAUGAUUAUUAUUUUUUUAUUUUUGUGAUCCAUUCAUAGUGUGUUAAUUUUUCUUUAAAACUCUAUUAUUUUUUGUAUAUAAAAUAAAUUUAAAAAAAUAUAAUAUGACUUCCGCUAUUAUAAUUGAUUUAUUUAAAUUUUUAUUUGAAGAUACACAGUAAAUACAAAUUGUAGUAAUAUGUUUUGAUAUGUAACUAUUAUUAUUUUAAUUUAAGCCAAUUUAAAUAUUUUUUAAAUAUUAACUAUGUAAAAAAAUAAUAAAUAACCAUGCAUAUUUUAGAAAUAUUUUAUAUAUAUAAUAAUUUUAUCAACAGUUUUAUGGCAGUUUAAUUUGGAUUAAAAAAUAAUAAUUUAAUAAACAAGUUAUUGGGUGUUUCUGAAAUAGUAUUUUAGUAUAAUAUAUUGUUAUUAAUUAAUGAUAGUUUAUGGCUAUUAAAGGAACACCCAUUUUUUUUUAUCUCAAACAAAUUAAACAUUCUGUGUGUGAAAUUCUAUAGAACAGUUGAUAAAUAUAUUAUUUAUUACAGACCAUUUUGUUCAUAAUGUUUGACUGGUUCAAAAACAUGUACACAUUUUUUAUAAUGAAAGUUUUUUAUUUCAUAAAAUGUAGCUAUUUGUUUAUACGAUUGGUUAAAACACAGACAUAUUUUUAUUCUUAUCAAUUAGUUUAUGUUUUUUUAAUUAUACACUGUUGUUUUUUUUCUCAACAAAAUAAAUUUUCAUAUUAUUUUAUGCCAAUGAUGUAAUUUGAAAUGUAUUUAGUAUAAAAUUAAAUUAUUAUUAAGUUUUUCUUUUAUUUUUUCUGUACAUACCUAAAAGCUCACAGUAAACUCAUGUCACUAAUAUGGCCAUAUAGGAAUAUUAAUAUUAAUUAAUACAAAAACAAAAACCAUUACUAAAGAAACAUGUAUCUGAUUUUACAUUCAGAGCGUAGUAAUGAAUGUAUUGAUUUUACGAUGAUGUGUGUUUUUUUAUUACUGUGUCUGACACACUUUCUAGUAGAAAAAUUGGGUGUUUCUGCUAUCAAAUUUCAUCUAGAUUGUAAUUUUGUGAGGAAGAAAUGAAAAAUGGUUGGUCCUUUAUUUUAUUCAUUUUUUUUUAUUUUUAUUUUGAAAAUUCUUCAAUCUGUAC